AUGCAGUAAUAAUAAUAACAAUUAAGAUCAUCUGAAAUUAGGCAAUCUUCAACUUAAUCAAAUAGUGCAAUGGAUGAACCAUUCCUAAAAUUUUUAGCUGAAAGUAAUUAUUUGGAAAGUGAAUAAUCGUCCCAAGAAAAACAUUAAAAAUUAACCAAAUGCAAAACUGAACAUUCUCUUCAGCCAAUCUAGUACAUCAAUUCAAAUUCAUUUACUGUUAGCGAUAAGAAGGUAUUCUUAAAAAUUAAAAAAAUAGUUUUCAUUUCCAGCAAAUGAAAUUCUUGAAUGGGAAACCUUAUAAAUAACCUUGCCACCAGAAGUGUAUCAGUUCUUACUGUUUAUGAAAACCUAGUGCAGCAAUGGUAUCAUCGUUUACACAAACGAAUAAAUAUAAGGUUUGUUAGAUGAUAGUAAAGUAAUCAUGUAUAGAUAGAUAUAUUUAAAAUAGUAAAAAUUAAUUAGAAUUAUUUUAAAAAUUGAUAGACAAAGGAUGGAUUUCAAAAACAACAAGAUUAUUUAAUGAUAUUGCAAUUAACUUUUAUUCAUUAUCAGUAAAGAAAUUAACUUAUGAAAAUUUGGUUUGGAUUAUUAGAUCCAUUAAAAGAGACCUAAUCACUCCAACCGAAAGAUUAGUGCAAAGCAGAAUCAAAGAAUGUUAUGGCUUAAAGUACAAUAGAGUUGAAUGGGAACAUAUUAUGAAUUAGUUAAAAUCUCAAAAACACUAAAUCAAAUUCCGUUCUUCCAAUGGAAAAUUAAUAGAAUUGCCAUUACUCCAGGUCAAGAACAUCAAGGAUCCCUUAAUAUAAGAGGAAACAUAUGGGAUUUAUAUUUAUUAAUAAAAUUGGAUUGUUGAGGAUGAAUUUCAACCAGAAUUAGAUAAAAAAUAGGAGUGGACUAUAUUUAUAGAGUUUUUGAUGGACUUUUUUGCUAAAACAAAUGCUCAAAACAACAAAAUCUUAAAAGGAGGUAGAUAUGGCUGUGCCUAAUUCAUUAAGUUAUUGGGACCAAAGAAAUUAAGAGAUUUAUCUCUUGGUAGAUUGACACUUUAUGUCUAAAUGGCAGUUAAUAAGAAUUAUAUUCGGUAUAAUAAAACUAUUCUAAUACAAGAAAGCAGAGAAAAGUCAGAACAUACAACUGAUAGUUCUGUUGAUGGGGAUCCUUAAAUUAAAAUUAGAGUAAAAGAACUAUAAGAGUAAUUGAUAGAGUUGCUAUUGGAAAAUCCUGAUGGGUAUGAUGUUAUAAUUAAUUAAGAGUGUAUCGUUGGCAUAAAUACCUACAUUGUUAAAAGAAAGAGUCAAUUUUGAAUUGAAUUUGAUUGAAUUAGGUUUUCCAAAACUAAAGAACUUUAUAGAGAGUGUUAAGGAUGUGAUUUCUAUUGAAAAUAGUGGUAGGAAUAAUUUUAUUGCUAAAUUAAAUUAUUCCAAGUUACCAAAAAAAUUUUAAAGUAAUUUUCUAUUAUAAAAUAUUUAGAACUUAAAUAAAGUGAGUCAUUUAACCAAAAAUAUAUUUAUACCGUCUUAUAAAUGAUUAAAAGUAUUUUAAGUAAACAUAAAUAUGGAAUCAGCAUUAAUCAAUUAUACUAUGACUUAUCUUAGUAAUUAGGAGAAUGGUUUAAUUAUUAAAGAUUUCAAUGCUAAAGCUUUUUCUAGUUUUUGUAGAAUUAUGCUGAAAAUAUUCUAGUGAUUGUUUGUCAAAAAGGAAAUCAAUACUUAAUUUAUGAAAGGGAUUUAAGAUUUCUACCACCUCCACAACCACAACCAGCUUAGGAUAUUAAUGAUCAAUAAUUUGAAUACAUUUUAAGCGAAGCUUUUUAAUGUAGUUUAGGUUUAUCAAUACCACAAUCUAGUUUCUCUAGUAGUUGGCUUGGAAAGGUUGGAGAUUCUUAAAUACGAUAAAAGUCACCUCCUCGAAUUGAAGAUUCUCAUUAAGAAAUUAAAGAUAAUCUAAAAUUCAUUGAUGAAUUAUUGGGUAUUAUCAUUCAUUAAGUUUAGGAAACGAAAAUAAAUAAAAUGAUACUUAUUCUAUUUAAGAUUGGUCUGAAAAGUCCAUGAAUCCUUUGGGAAUGAUUAGUUCUAUUAAUUAUGGCCAUAGUGAAAUUUAAGAUUUUGAUCUAACUAAAGAGUUGCAAUUCCCAAUCUAGUAAUAACAAUAACAACAACAACAACAAUAAUAAUAACAACAAUAAUAAUAAUAACAACAACAACAACAAUAAUAAUAACAACAAUAAUAAUAAUAACAACAAUAAUAAUAAUAAUAAUAAUAAUAACAAUAAUAACAAUAACAAUAACAAUAACAAUAACAAUAACAAUAACAAUAACAAUAACAAUAACAAUAACAAUAACAAUAACAAUAACAAUAACAAUAACAAUAACAAUAACAAUAACAAUAACAAUAACAAUAACAAUAACAAUAACAAUAACAAUAACAAUAACAAUAACAAUAACAAUAACAAUAACAAUAACAAUAACAAUAACAAUAACAAUAACAAUAACAAUAACAAUAACAAUAACAAUAACAAUAACAAUAACAAUAACAAUAACAAUAACAAUAACAAUAACAAUAACAAUAACAAUAACAAUAACAAUAACAAUAACAAUAACAAUAACAAUAACAAUAACAAUAACAAUAACAAUAACAAUAACAAUAACAAUAACAAUAACAAUAACAAUAACAAUAACAAUAACAAUAACAAUAACAAUAACAAUAACAAUAACAAUAACAAUAACAAUAACAAUAACAAUAACAAUAACAAUAACAAUAACAAUAACAAUAACAAUAACAAUAACAAUAACAAUAACAAUAACAAUAACAAUAACAAUAACAAUAACAAUAACAAUAACAAUAACAAUAACAAUAACAAUAACAAUAACAAUAACAAUAACAAUAACAAUAACAAUAACAAUAACAAUAACAAUAACAAUAACAAUAACAAUAACAAUAACAAUAACAAUAACAAUAACAAUAACAAUAACAAUAACAAUAACAAUAACAAUAACAAUAACAAUAACAAUAACAAUAACAAUAACAAUAACAAUAACAAUAACAAUAACAAUAACAAUAACAAUAACAAUAACAAUAACAAUAGCAAUAACAAUAACAAUAAAAUUAAGAUAUUAAAAAAAAAUGA